UCGGCAUUAGCCGUAGGUUACAGUAUUCACAGAUAUUGGAAGGAGGCUGGACGCAUUUAAUAACUAAACUAUAAGGAAACUAGACCUAAACAACAAUAUUUUCAUAAGUAAAACAAUGUCAUUAAAAAUAGAAGCUGAAAUUAUAGUAGAAUCAGAACCGUGUGUGUUGACCUGGGGCAACAAGUUGUUUGUUGGCACUGAAGAUGGUUCCAUUAAAGCAUUUGAUGAGAAACUGGUGGCAAAGGAGUCCUGGGCUGCACAUGCAGUACAGCCAUUUGCAUUAGCUACUGAUGGAGCCACCUUGUACUCCUCGUCCAAUGACGGACCCAUUAAAGUUUGGUCGAUUACCGGGGACAAAAUCGCUGAACUACCAACUACAGGUGCUGACGUGGGCUCUCUUCAUGUAUUUGACAAACAACUUUAUGCUGGUGAUGAAGAUGGCAACAUUGCAGUGUAUGAAAAUAAUGCGUUGAAAGCUAAAUACAAUGUUUUGGAAGAGGUUAAGGACUUGUCGUUCUCUCCGCCGUUCCUGUUUACAGUUCGGGACCUCUACGUCACUGCCACAGAAAUAAAGCCAGAGGAAUCCAAGACCCGUUUCACUACAAGGCACACAAUGGAAGGUCGAGCUCCUUUGCGGAUAUCGGGAAAUCGACUCGUAUUCAUGUCUCGCGAUGGAAAUAGCUUAAAAUUACAUGAUUGCUCAAUUGACACCAGUUUCAAACUGCUCCAUGAAAUAAAGGUCAGUGACAUGAUUGUUACAAGUUUGUCGACUAGCGGCGACUACGUGUGGACUGCAGGUUGGGACGGCUUCGUACGCCGUUGGAAGAUAGCUGGUGACAAAUUGGAACCCUGUGGGGAAAUAAAUCUUGGUGGUUGUGUUAAUUCUAUUGCUGCCAAUGGAGACAGUGUUUAUGCAGCUGUGACUGGUGGAAAAAUUGUUCAUUUGCGAUAGUAUGCAAUGUAGAUAUGUAUGUAUUUAGUUAACUAGAAUUAAAAUCUUUUCAAUAUCAUAUUGAAAAAAUAAUGGAUAAAUAAGUUUUAUCCUCAUCCCUACUCAGUGUACAACGCGCCACGGCGCCGGGCCUGUAAUCGGGAUACUCACAAUUAUUAGCAUAGGUACUAGGUACUUGUAGAUACACUAUGAAACCACCACAUUAGACAUGUGUGUAGAUAGUGAUGUAAAAUGAAAAAAAAAACGAUUUGUUCUUUUUCACUUUAUUGAAAAAAAACAUGAAAAAAAACUUUGCAUCGUUGUUUUUUUUCUAAAUUUGUUUUUUUUUUCUAGCCUACGUUUUAGUUCAAUUUUCAAAAUUUUCCUUUCGUUGAGUUAAUAUCAAUGAAUGUUGCCAAUAUUUUUAUGAAAUUUUGGUACUGUUUUAUCAGAAAAGUACCGUAGAUUCAAGAAUAAACCUAAGACUCUAUUAUGUAAUCUUAAGUAUUAAUCUUUAACGGUAAACGGCCUAACAAUUUUAGAGUUAUUAUACUCUUGAAAAAAAUAAGGCCCAGAAAUAAAACAGUUUUUUAUCAGGUUUUUUUUCGCAUUAGAAAAAAAACGGUUUUUUUGCAACACUAUGUGUAGAACAACUGCAUUGAUCUUUAGGCACAAUAACAUGCUUUAUAAUGAGGUGGAGAGUUGAUAUUUAUUGUAAUCAUGGGUGACCCAAUUUCUUUGUUACUGGAACAAAAUCUUGGGCAGCUUUAAUAGAGAGUAAAACCUUGCAAGUGCACAAAACUAAUCAAAUGGGAUUUUAAAUUAAUUAUUAUGGUGUCUAGAUCAAUUAAUGCAUUUUAUUAUGAAAAUAAAGCAUUCAUUCAG